UUUGCAGCUCAAGGGGCCAGCAGUACCCUGGGGAACCCAGCUCUGGAUACCAACUUGCUGGAGGAGUUAAUUGGCCAUGACUUUGAUUUGGGGGCCUUGCAACGCCAGCUGCCGGAUACCCCACCCUAUUCUGCAUCAGACUCGUGCUCUCCUCCGCAGAUCAAAGGUCCAUGCUGCCAAACUCUGAUGCCGACUGAUGGGAGGACCCCAGCUCCCUUCGUCCACCCUGCAGCGGCUCCUGGGAUGGUGCCAUCUCAGCUGCUACAGAGCAUGUCUGAAAUUAGCAACUCUGACCAUAUCCAUGGUGGCUUUCACAACUGCUACCCACACACCAAUCACCCUGCCACUCCCCUGGACCAGUCUGUGUCAUCCCAUCUGGAGAUAGGCUGUUCUUAUCAUCAGCAGCCCCUGUGCCACAGCCCUGGAGAUUCACUGCCCCCAACCAAGAGGAGGCGGCACCCCCAGGGGCUGGGAGACUCCGAGGACUGCGGCGCGUGGGCCCACCACUCCAGACCAAUGACAAGUAGGAGUUCCAGCAACGACGUACAAGACCAUGACAGUGCGGGACAGAGUGCAGCACUUGCGGACCAGUGCUCUUCUGCUCUGAAGUGGCAGCCAUACCAAAGUGUCCCUUGGCACAGCUUACUAAACAAUCAUUAUGAAAAAUUACCUGAAGUAGGUUAUCGAGUUAUCACAGACAAAGGAUUUAAUUUUUCCCCAGUAGACGAAGCUUUUGUUUGCCAAAAGAAGAACCAUUUUCAGAUAUCCAUCCAUAUCCAAAUUUGGGGAAGCCCAAAAUUUGUCAAAACUCAAAUGGGCAUAAAGCCAAUAGAAAUGUUUUACUUGAAAGCUUUUGGAGUUAAGGUAGAAGCCACCAAUCAAAUAGUUGCUAUUGAACAGUCCCAAGCAGAUAGAAGCAAAAAGAUUUUCAAUCCUGUUAAAAUUGACCUCGUGGCUGACCAAGUCACCAAGGUAACAUUGGGAAGACUACACUUCAGUGAAACCACAGCAAAUAACAUGAGAAAGAAGGGAAAACCCAAUCCUGAUCAGAGAUACUUCAUGUUGGUGGUUGGAUUGUAUGCAGCAAACGAAGACCAAUUCUAUCUGCUGUCUGCACACAUCUCGGAGAGGAUCAUUGUGCGGGCCUCUAACCCUGGACAAUUUGAAAAUGACAGUGAUACAUUAUGGCAGCGAGGACAAGUUCCAGAGUCUGUCAUCUGUCGAGGCCGAGUUGGAAUAAACACUGAGACACCAGACGAAGCCCUGGUUGUCGGUGGCAACGUGAAAGUGAUGGGGUCAAUCAUGCAUCCUUCUGACAGCCGGGUGAAGCAGAAUAUCCAGGAGGUUGACACAAAUGAACAGCUGAGAAGAAUCGCUCAAAUGAGAAUUGUUGAGUAUGACUACAAACCUGAAUUUGCAUCUGCAAUGGGAAUAAACACUGCCCAUCAAACAGGAAUGAUUGCUCAAGAGGUGCAACAGAUCCUACCUGGAGCUGUGAGAGAGGUUGGUGAUGUCACCUGUGAAAACGGAGAAAAGUUGGAGAACUUCCUCAUGGUUGAUAAGGACCAGAUCUUUAUGGAGAAUGUAGGUGCAGUGAAGCAGCUCUGCAAACUAACCAACAACCUUGAAGAAAGGAUAGAAGAGUUAGAAAUAUGGAACAGAAAGCUGGCCAGGCUAAAGCGGCUCAGUAGUUUGAAGUCCUCUGUCAGUGAAGCCAGUUCAAUCAGCAAAUUUAGCAGAGCUGCUAGUGUAUCUUCUCCGAGAAGAUCCAGUCCCAAAAAACCCAACAAGGUUUAUUUUUCAGGAAAAAAACAGUCGUGUCCUAACUGGGUUUUCCAGACCUUGGUGAUAUCUCUAAUUGCUGUGAUGGCAUUUUGCGCGUUGACAAUAGUGUUCCUUUACAUACUUAGCUUGAAAGAUCAAGACCGUCUUGCUUCAAGUGUCCUUCCAAGCAAUAUCACAGGCUCUCUGAAGCCAGUCCUGCCAGCCACGGUCUCCUCCUCAGCACCUAAUAUAUCCCUGGCAACCACACAGCCUUCCUUCCAAAUACCAGAAAUCACUUUUUGUGAGGUCCUGCCAUGCCAAGAGACUUACUGCUGCCCCAUCUGGGGAAUCAGAAGAGUCAUUUCAAGUCCUAUGAGCAGACAAUCCAAGGAGGAGAAAGAACUCCAUCAGCCCUGGGCAGAAGAUAGAAAGAAAAUAUUCCUGGCGAGAAAUGCUUUGACCAGUCCCGACUGGACGAGUGACUGGAUUGAUACAACCAUCAGUUCCAUUCAGAUCAUGGAAAUCCAGCAAAGGAUAGAUCAUCGGUACUGUAGUAGAAGCCUCCAGUGCGGGUCUGGAAAUUACAAUUACAAUAUUCCAGUUAAUAAGCACACACCUACCAAUGUCAAAUUCUCUCUGGAAAUCAACACAACAGAGCCAUUGAUAGUCUUCCAGUGCAAAUUUACCCUUGGAAAUAUAUGUUUCCACAGUAAAAGGGAGGCCAAAGGGAUCCAGAGUCACAGGGAAAUCUCCCAGGAGAUGACACAGGGCUAUCAGCACAUUUGGAAUCUUCCCGUAGCUCCUUUCUCUGACAGUGCAUACCAUUUUCGUGUAGCUGCACCGGAUUUAGCUGACUGUUCGACAGAUCCUUAUUUUGCUGGGAUAUUCUUUACAGAUUACUACUUAUACUUCUAUCGACGCUGUGUCUAA